CGUAUUUGCUUUCAAGCCUUUGGUUGUCUGUUUAAAGUUAGUCGAAGUUGAUCGCUUAAACAGAACCAUAAAAAAUGUCAAAGUGGGACAACAACGAAGAGAUUCAAAUAUUUCGAGAAUAUUUACGUAUUCCAACGGUUCAUCCGAAUGUUGAUUAUGAACCGUGUGUAAAAUUUCUCCAAAGACAAGCGAAAAGUUUGAAUCUUUCGGUGUCGAUCUGUUAUCCAGCCAAUGAAAAGUGCCCAGUUGUAAUACUGACAUGGACUGGUCUUAAUCCAGAUCUGUCGGCAAUCAUGUUAAAUUCCCACAUGGACGUUGUGCCAGUGGAUGAGAAACGUUGGACACAUGGGCCAUUUGACGCUGACAUUGACCAAGAUGGCCGAAUUUUCGCACGUGGCUCACAGGAUAUGAAAUCUACGGGAAUGCAAUAUUUAGCUGCAAUUCGAGCUUUGAAAAAGGAUGAAAAACAAUUGCAACGAACCAUUCACGUAACAUUUGUCCCGGACGAGGAAAUCGGAAGCGAGUUUGGAAUGAAGGCUUUCGUAAAUAGCUCUGAAUUUAAACAACUUAAUAUUGGAUUUUCACUGGAUGAAUCAUGCGCUUUUCCAUUGAAUAAAAUGCCAGUUUUUUAUGCCGAACGCAGACAAUUUGCACUAGAAUUGAUCUGUGAAGGUCAGGCCGGUCACGGAUGUAUUAUUCAAGAAAAUACACCCGGCGAAAAAGUACAGUACAUGCUCAAUAAAUUGAUGGAAUUGCGAAAAAUUGAAUCACAAAAAUUGAAAGAUAACCCAGAACUGAAAAUGGGUGAUGUGACCGCAAUAAAUCUGACAAUGAUGAAGGGUGGACUGCAGACAAAUGUCGUGCCAUCUGAAAUGAGUCUUACUUUUGACAUUCGCUUGGCAAUUGAUGUCGAUCAUGAUGCUUUCGAACAGCAGAUAAAGGGAUGGUGCGCUGAAGCUGGCGGCGGCAUAACAAUUAAGCCAAUAUUGAAGGAUGCAGAAGCAUCAAUUACAAAAACUGAUCAUAGUAAUCCAUUCUGGGUGGCGUUCGAAGAUGCUGUGAAAGAAUUGAAUUUAGAUGUUGAAAAAUGGGUUUGUCCAGGUAGCACCGAUGCCAGAUAUAUUCGCGAGUUAAAUCUGCCGGCUCUUGGCUUCAUGCCAAUGCCAAACACACCGAUAAGACUUCACGACCACGAUGAAUUCAUUCAAGCCGAUAUUUAUCUAAAUGGGAUCAACAUUUACAAAAAGAUUAUCUCAAAUCUGGCCAACGCAUGAAAUUACACGAGAAGUGUCAACAAAAAACCAGAUACCAGCAACAACUGUGUUUAUUAAACUUAAAAUAAAGAUUAAAAUGUCAUAAUUUACUUACAUCGAAUGAGAUGUAAAUCAUUGGUGGUGGUGGUUCAUGCUCGAAUAAAUUGUAUCGAUCCAUGGUUUGCAUGCUCGGUUUCUGGAAUGAUUUGAAAUAAAUAAGAAAACCGAAACACAAGAUGAA